AUGCUGUACGACGUCGUGAUCAUUGGCGCUGGGCCUUGUGGCUUAGCUGUCGCCUCAAGACUAAGGGAAUCUACUCCAGCAGCAUUAUUUACAGACGAUGAGCACGAGAGGUACUGGAAGCGGUUCAAUAUUUCAGGAACUAUCGAGACUGAAAAGAAAACUGCUCGAAAAGGUCGCGGCAGAAGCAUCUCUGGCUCUUCAGCCCAAUGCAAAAGAUCGUGUGUUGUCCUUGAUGCGAGCGGCUGUGAAUGGAUGGCGGCAUGGCGUACAAGGUUUCGGAAUCUCAAGAUCGACUAUCUGAGAAGUCCUUUGUUCUUCCAUCCUGAUCCGCGAGAUCGGGAUGGCCUCUUGGCAUUUGCCCAUUUUAUGGAUCGCUCCGGUGAACUGGAAGAGAUUCAUCAUGUCGUUGGCAAGGAGAUCAGCAAGCACAGAGCCAAGAAACAGCGCCAGAAAAGGAAAGUAAGUCGACACCUGAGAAUCGAUGAUCACGAUCGGAUAGAUUACUACACUCCAUCUAGUAGGCUGUUUGAUGACUACUGUGACGACAUCGUCAAGCGGUAUCAGUUGCAGCACCUCGUUCAUCAUGCUCAAGUCAUGGACAUCACAUACGGGGAUGUAGGCGAUCUCUCUAACAACGACAUAUUUUCCAUUACUACGAACAGAGGACUCUACAUGGCGAAGACUGUUGUGCUAGCAGUGGGUCCAGGCGCAAAACCUUGCAUCCCGCCAGACUGUGGCCUGCUACAGAAUCAAGAAGGAAGCCUCUGCCAUUGCUUCGAUGCUAAUGGUGGUACCCACAUACCUGACCACGUGAAACGGAGGAUUUCAGCGGGACUGCCAACACAUGUUGUUGUAGUUGGAGGCGGGCUGACGAGUGCUCAAAUCUCCGAUCUUCUACUGCGCUAUGGCGUGAGCAAAAUAUGGUUGCUCCUUCGAGGCAAGUACAAGCUAAAGCAUUUUGACGUUGAUCUCGAAUGGGUCUCAAAGGUGCGCAACCAGCAGAUGGCGGUCUUCUGGUCAGCCGAUACAGAUGAAGAGCGCUUCGAGCUCCUGAAAGAAGCUCGAAACGGAGGCAGCAUAACACCCAAAUUCGACAAGAUUCUUCAGCAGCACGUGUCGCGAAAACGUCUCGAAACUCUUCCCUAUACUCAAAUCGACAACGGUACUUGGAAUAGGUCCAAUCAGACCUGGAGCAUAAAACUCUCAAGAGAUGUCCCCGAGUUCCCGAGGCACAUAGAUCACAUCAUAUAUGCUACUGGAGUGCCGCCGAAGGUGGAAAACGUUGGCUGUUUGCAACAGCUCCUCGAAGAGCAUCCCAUUGAGACAAUUUCCGGUCUAGCCAAGAUCACCGAUGACUUGAUGUGGAAUGCCGAGGUGCCGCUGUUUCUGACCGGUGGUCUUGCGGGUCUGAGACUUGGACCCGGCGCAGCUAACCUAGCUGGGGCCAGACAAGGUGCUGAAAGGAUUGCGUGGAAGAUCGACGAAUUAUUGGGCACUGCCUCCUCGAAUGAAGAUAUCAGAGCAAAAGGGGAGUGUCAUGGUAAGUGUGAGGACUCAAGCGUUACGCGGCGUGGAAAUCUUCGAUUGAGGGAUGAAAGAUUGGCGCAACUUGAGAACAGAAGUGAGUUCACUGGAGGGUUCGCAAAUCAAUUUGAGGUGCUAGCCUUGCAUCACGAUUAA